CAGUAAUCCGCGGUGGCCUCUCCGCCUCAGUUAACUACGAUUUUUAAUUUUCACAAAAAAUGACCGAAGUACAGACACACACAAGAAAUAAUAGUUUGGAGCGGACGAGGAAAAUCAGACGUGUUGAGAAGCCACCAGACGAUUGGACGAAAAUAUAGCAUCAGGACCAAUCGGAUGGCGAGCGUACCGACGAGAAAAACGACGCCAUCCGACACCGUCUUCGGAAUUCCACGGUCGACUUCUGGACGUGGAGCCGAAGACAAAAAAGUCCGGAAGUGCGACUUUACGGUCACAACUUCCGGAUAGCCUACUUCCACCCGGACUGGAGCAGCGGCACGGCUGGGGUGAGGGGCACGAAGGUUUUGAACAACGGGAGGUAUUAUUGGGAGGUCGCUAUUUCAAGGAGGAUUUUCGGGACUAGCAUGAUGUGUGGAAUAGGAACUAAAAAAGCCCGUCUUCAUGCCGACGCGUUCACAAACCUCCUGGGCGAAGACGAAAACGGAUGGGGUUUAUCCCACAAAGGCCUUCUAUGGCACAACGGCCGGUGGACCACAUACACGAAACCGUUCAGGGAAAACGUCGCCACCACUAUUGGCAUUCUCUUUGACGGCAUAGCUGGCACUUUAACAUACUACAAGGACGAAAAAUGCCUGGGAGUUGCGUUCAGAGGUCUGGACUCUGUAAAGGAAGAGUUGUACCCAAUAAUUUGCUCCACAGCUGCCAAAACCCAAAUGUAUUUGACCUCGACACGCAAAGAUUUUGUCAGUUUGCAGGAUCGGUGUAAAGCUGUUAUUGUCAAAAGGAUUGAAAAUAAGAACGAUUUACAGAAGCUGAAUAUUCCGAAUUGCAUAAUUAAUUAUUUAAAGGAGGAUGUUGUUGAUAAAAUACCCCCGCCAUAAGUUUAAGAUUAAAUAAAUUGUCUAUUAAAUGAUAAAAUAUCGGAAGCAACUUUUAUGUAUGUAAAGAUACUUUUAUCGCUUACGUUAUUUUAUCUGAUUGUGAAACCCUUUCCGUGGAUUCAACCCAGCCAUA